AUGAAUCUCGCAGGAGAAUCACUGGUGAAGCAACCCCAUUAUCGUCGUCUACCAGACAUACCCAACGCGUGCGUAGUUGAGGAACUGCCACAGACAGAUGGGCUAGAGUUCUGGACAGAGUGUCGCUUCUGGCAGACCCGGAAGAUCUGCGGACGCAAAACGAGGAUUCGCUUCGAGUGUUGUGAGGGAUUCGAACGGAUUAGCGGAGAAGACGGAUGCACGCGAGUAAAGCCUUUGAUGAAUUUGUUGGAGACAGCGGAGAGCUUAGGGGCCACUAAAUGGGCCCAGUAUAUCAGAGAUUCAGGUCUCGCUGGAGAGCUGGAAGCUGCGGCUGCCUACACUCUCUUCGCACCCACCAAUGAAGCCUUCGAUAAGCUGCGACGGUCACUAAGAAGUCAGAUGGACUCCUACCAUGGCAACCCCAACAACCCCAUCCUACUGUACCACAUCCUGCCCAGGAAGUUACUAAGUGAAGAGUUCCAGUCUAACACUAUGGCUGAGACCAGACACCAAGGUCACAACAUUAGGAUCAACAAGUACUCGAAUGGGAUGACGACCAUCAACUGUGCUUUGCUAAUACGUAAGGAUCAGCACGCUACUAACGGCGUUGUUCACCUCAUCAACAACAUCCUGGAUCCUUCUGUAGGCAUCCUGCAGAACGUGGCCGAUAUGGUCUUGAAUGACGGCAGGUUCUCGGUCCUAGCAGAGAUCCUGGAGAAGAGUGGGUACAUCAACGUCCUACGAACAAUGCAGAACGCCAUCACCAUUCUUGCGCCUUCAGACGAGGCAUUCCAAAAACUGCCGGAAUCCAGGAGGGAAAAGAUCAUUAACGACAGGGAAGCCAGACUUGCUCUAAUCCAGAACCACGUCAUCCCUCACGUCAUCUGUGAGUCUGCCAUCACUGGGGAACACAGAGUUAAAACAGUCUCGGACAACAAGCUCACCUUCAACUGUGACAUCGAGGGAGCCUUCGUGGAGACUUCGAAGCUCAGAGGCAACUACAAUCUGGGCAAGAAUGGCAUCAUUCACAUGAUUGAUGACGUUCUUCUGCCCGAUCGAGCCAAGAACUUGAUAGAGCUGGCAGAGAGUCGUCACUUGUACACCUUCGUGGACCUGGUGAAGAAGGCGGGGCUGGAGGAGACAUUGAGUCACACUGGAGAUUACACCUUCUUCGUUCCUGAUGAAGCUGCCUGGUAUGCACUGGACUCUGAUGUAUUGAAUGAUGCUAGAAGGGAUCUGGAUCUAGCGGGACAGCUGGUACGAUUCCAUGGAGCCUAUGGUCGCCAUCUGACCAACACUAUCACUGAUAACCAGGCCAUCAUGUCCCUUAACGAGGAGGACCCCGUCCGUCUUCAGGUGUGGCGCCGAGCACUAGGCGUAGAAGACGCUAAGAUCACAGAGAAAGACAUCGAGGCUCAGAAUGGAGUCAUCCACAUCAUCAACAAGGUCAUCAUGCCUUCCAACCAGUCUGUCAGUGACAUUCUCAGGUCCAUCCCAGACCAUACCUUCAACACAUUCUUGGAGGCAAUAGAGAGUGUCACCUCAGAUGGAAGCACCAUGUUGAGUCUGGGUCCUGGAGAUGAGACCUUUUACACCUUCUUCGUACCCACUGACACCGCCUUCAGAGCCUUGAAUCAGGAGACACGAGCGAGGAUCAAGUCUGACCCAGUGUACGUGAAGGAGGUCGUGAAGAAUCAUGUUGCUGUCAAUAUGUUUCCUGCUACCUCCUUCGAGAAGAACCUCAUCUACACUAUCAACGGCAUGGCAGGGCCAUUCGAUGUGAAGAAGACCGGAAACAACAUUCUCAAGGUAAAUGGUGAGGAAGUCCUGAGCACCCACAUGAGUGCCAAUGGUGUCAUCCACGUAAUUGAUAAAGUCUUCCUGCCCGGGAACUCUUACACAUAUUCUACCAUCAGAAGGGUCACCACAACUGUCUACAAGGAUGGAAAAGCAGUAACAGGUACUGGGAUGUCCUCAACUUCCUCCAGGAGGCCUUCACGUAAACCUUACAGGAAAACAGUGACAUUUGCUGAGACUAAUGAUGGUGGGGAAGUCAACAGGAGCCACCUGCCUGCCUACCCACAAGGUACUGUGUUUUCUGCUAGUGCCUCCAAGAGGAAAACUUCACGAGAGAUGUCGAGAAGGAAGAAUCCAAAUUCUCCUUCCUCCUCCACAUCCUCUUCCUCUUCUUCAACCACUACUAGCACACCCUCCUUCCCAAACGACGCAAGGAGUAACCCUGCUUCCAGCAGUGGCAGAACGGCCUUUCAGGAGACUCAUGUCCAGGGGACUGGAGCCUCAGUACUUGAAUCACCAGUUUCAGUUGACUCACUCAGUAGUGCUUCAGUGAGUGGCCGAGACUCAAAUGACGUCUUUGAGCCUACAGAGCCAGGUCUUAGGGACACCCAUGGCUCAUCUGUCUCUAAAGUCUUUCAGAGUAGGCCAUCAGCAAGUAACAGAGAUCCAAGGCCCAUUGAGCCAGGUCACAGGGACACCCAUGGUUCAUCCUCUGUCUCAAAAGAUCCACAGCAUAGACUAUCAGCAAGUAACAGAGAUCCAUAUAAUAUUCCAGAGCCCACUGAACCUGGUCUGAGGGACACCCAUGGUUCAUCCUCUGUCUCAAAAGAUCCACAGCAUAGACUAUCAGCAAGUAACAGAGAUCCAUAUAAUAUUCCAGAGCCCACUGAACCUGGUCUGAGGGACACCCAUGGUUCAUCCUCUGUCUCAAAAGACCCACAGCAUAGACUAUCAGCAAGUAACAGAGAUCCAUAUAAUAUUCCAGAGCCCACUGAACCCGGUCUGAGGGACACCCAUGGUUCAUCCUCUGUCUUAAAGGUGUCCCAGAGGAAGCCAUCACUGAGUGGAAGAGAUCGGUAUAUUCCAGAGCCCAUUGAACCUGGUCUUGGGGAGACCUUUGAUUCCUCUUUUGCCUCAAAAGUCUCUCAGAGAAGGCCAUCAGGAAGUAACAGAGAUAUGUAUGUCACAGAGCCCACUGAACCUGGUCUUAGGGAUACCUACGAUUCCUCUGUCUCAAAAGUCUCUCAGAAUAGACCAUCACCAAGUAAUAGAGAACCCUAUUUCCCAGAACCCAUUGAACCAGGUCUCAGGGAUACCUAUGGCUCUUCUUCUAUAUCUGAAGUCUCUCAGAGUAGGCCAUCAAUAAGUGGAAGAGAGCGAUAUGUCCCAGAACCUACUGAACCUGGCCUUAGGGGCACCUAUGAUUCUUCCAUCUCAAAAACCUCUCAGAAUAGACCAUCAAUAAGUGGAAGAGACCAAUAUGUCCCAGAACCUACUGAGCCUGGCCUCAGGGACACCUAUGGUUCUUCUUCCAUCUCAGAAACCUCUCAGAGUAGGCCAUCAGUAAGUGGAAGAGACCAAUAUGUCCCAGAACCUACUGAGCCUGGCCUCAGGGACACCUAUGGUUCUUCUUCCAUCUCAGAAACCUCUCAGAGUAGGCCAUCAGUAAGUGGAAGAGACCAGUAUGUUCCAGAACCUACUGAACCAGGUCUAACAGACAGAUAUAGUUCAUCAAAUUCGUCUCAAAGAUUCAAAGAUACAAAGAUACACAAUACAAACGUUCCUAUCAGGAAGCCUGACAGAAGGACCGAAGGCUCAUAUGCUGUACGAGAAGGAUCCUACUCAUCUCCCUCAUAUAAGCCUUCCUCCUCCUCCUCCUCCUCCUCCUCUUCAUCUCUAGCAACCUCCUUGGCAUCAAAUACCCAAGUCACCCGCGGUGAGGUGGACGAUAUUCAUGGACCUCGUAGGGGUGACUCUUCUCACCCUGUCAGGUCUUCCUCCACCACUGACUUGCAUGCUGCUACACUGCCCUCCUCCUCUUCCUCCUCAUCCUCUGCUGGAACCUACAACCUCUCGGCUACUAGGACGAGGCAAGAGGGUUCAAGCACCCUAGAGAAUGAUAGACGCAGUUCCCCUGAUGUCAACCUCCCAGCAGGCUCUGCUUCCAGCACAAGACACUCUACCAGAGUGACUGCAUCACGCACACCCCUUUCCCCAAAAGAGCCAGAUUACUCACGUGGAUCUGGAUAUUCAGGUAGAUCAGGCUCCCCAGGUGAGCCAGGUCAGACAAGUGAGCCAGACCACUCAGGUAGAUCAAGCUUCCAAGGUGAGCCAGGACAUGCAGGUAGAUCAGUCUAUACUGGAAGGUCAGGUUCCCCAGGUGAGCCAGAUCAUUCAGGUAGAUCAGGCUCCCCUGAUGAAUCAGGUCAAUCAGGUAGAUCAGGCCAUUCAGGAAGGUCAGGUGAGUCAGAUCAUUCAAGUAGAUCAGACCAUUCAGGAAGGUCUGGUGAGUCAGGUCAAUCAAGUAGAUCAGACCCUUCAGGAAGGUCAGGUGAGCCAGGUCAUUUAGGUAGAUCAGGCCAUUCAGGAAGGUCAGAUGAACUAGGUCAUCCAGGUGAGCCAGGUCAUUUAGGCAGAUCAGACCAUUUAGGAAGGUCAGGUUCUCCAGGUGAGUCAGCUCAUUCAGAUAGAUCAGACUAUGCAGGAAGGUCAGGUUCCCCAGGUGAGUCAGCUCAUUCAGGUAGAUCAGAUCAUUCAGUAAGGUCAGGUUUCCCAGGUGAGCCAAGUCAUCUAGGUAGAUCAGAUCAGUCAGGGAGGUCAGGUUCCCCAGGUGAGUCAGGUCAAUCAGGUAGAUCAGGCCAUUCAGGAAGGUCAGGUGAGUCAGGUCAUUCAAGUAGAUCAGACCCUUCAGGAAAGUCAGGUGAGUCAGGUCAUUUAGGUAGAUCAGGCUAUUCAGGAAGGUCAGGUGAACCAGGUCAUCCAGGUGAGCCAGGUCAUUUAGGUAGAUCAGACCAUUUAGGAAGGUCAGGUUCUCCAGGUGAGUCAGCUCAUUCAGACAGAUCAGACUAUUCAGGAAGGUCAGGUUCUCCAGGUGAGUCAGCUCAUUCAGGUAGAUCAGAUCAUUCAGGAAGGUCAGGUUUCCCAGAUGAGCCAAGUCAUCUAGGUAGAUCAGAUCAUUCAGGAAGGUCAGGUUCCCCAGGUGAGUCAAGUCAUCUAGGUAGAUCAGAUCAUUCAGUAAGGUCAGGUUUCCCAGGUGAGUCAAGUCAUCUAGGUAGAUCAGAUCAUUCAGUAAGGUCAGGUUCCCCAGGUGAGUCAAGUCAUCUAGGUAGAUCAGAUCAUACAGGAAGGUCAGGUUCCCCAGGUGAAUCAAGUCAUCUAGGUAGAUCAGAUCAUUCAGGAAGGUCAGGUUCCCCAGGUGAGUCAAGUCAUCUUGGUAGAUCAGAUCAUACAGGAAGGUCAGGUUCCCCAGGUGAAUCAAGUCAUCUAGGUAGAUCAGAUCAUUCAGGAAGGUCAGGUUCCCCAGGUGAGUCAAAUCAUCUAGGUAAAUCAGACAAUUCUGUAAGGUCAGGUUUCCCAGGUGAGUCAAGUCAUCUGGGUAGAUCAGAUCAUUCAGUAAGGUCAGGUUUCCCAGGUGAGCCAAGUCAUCUGGGUAGAUCAGAUCAUUCUGGCCAGUCUGGUUACUCCAGAGGCAUUGUCUCUGGCCACCCCAUUGACUCUAGCUUGGGUACUGGGUAUGUUAGCGGCUCUGAACACCUUAAUGGUUCUGAACACUCUAGUGGGUCUGGAUACUCGAGAGGAUCUGGAUACUCAAGAGGAUCUGGAUACUCAAGAGGAUCUGGAUAUCCUGGAGACAUAGGAGAGGGUCGUGGCUUCUCCUCCUCACGGAGAUACUCCUACAAUUACUCCACCAGUCUGGGAGGCCUACAGCCUGGAGGACACAAGGACCUCUCACCCAGUAACUACGGCCUGGGCAUAUUCACGACUGACUCUUCCUCGCAGCGCCCAAACUCUAUCGGCAAAGUCAAUCUUAAUGGGGGAAAGUUUAGCUAUGUGGGGCAUCCUUAUGGCCAGGAUGUGGUGGGACAUACAGACACGGUGGUGGAGAGGGACAGGCCAGUACCACUUCCCUUUACCGUAGCAGGAGAAAACCGUAGGUCUCUGGAAGGUGGUGUCGGGGGUGAUGGAAGGAUUGGCAGCAGAAGACACGAGUACAGUUACUCCCGCGUUGAAGAGAGAGUGCCAGUGAGCAGUAGUGACAUAAAUAGUGAGGUUCUGAGGAGCAGCGCUAGGAGCACGACAACUAGGAGCAGCACUAGUCAGAGAAGGUACGGUGUGACCCGCACAGUGGUGACCACUUCUGGUACACAGUUACCCAUCAUUCGCCACCCCCUGCACACAUCAGUAACCCAGCUACCCCUUAUUCACCACCAGCUUCACACAUAUCCACUAGAUGGUGGGCCGGACCACUCACCAAGCCGAGGUGAUAAAGAUGGCUCAUCAUCCCUUCCAGCUUACGUCUUCACAGACGACAACAACAUUAACUCCAAUGGCUCCGGGUUUGCUGAGACCGAAACAGGUGGCGAGGCAAACGUCAGCCGCAAGAAGACUGCAACAAAGAGUCGCCGCUGGCGCCGCAAGCGGCACCACAAUCGAGGUGGGAAGAGGCGCCGUGGCCGCAAGGGAGGGAAACGCAAGGGAGCUACCCCUCAGUAAUGUACCAUUUUAGAGGGGUCUGGUUUCCCCUCUCCCAGCAGCGGGAGGGAAAGAACUGAGGACCAGUUCACUACCUGUAUAAAUCACUGCCUACCUUACCCUCUCCUUUCCCUAUUUACCUCUCUCACUGCCUGUGUGAAUCUCUGCUGCCUACUUCUAAUCUAUCUUCCACUCCAUGCCGCAAAACAUUACUUACCAAAAAUUAACAUGCAAUAGUAUUGCCAAUCAACAACAGCUACUUAUACAUAUGUUUGUUGCAUAUUUGUUUAUAAGUGUGUAUGACUGCAGAAAAAUAUUAUUAUUAUUAUUAUUAAUUAUUAUUAUUAUUAUUAUUAUUAUUAUUAUUAUUAUUAUUAUUAUUAUGUUCCUGGGGAAGUGCUAAACCCAUAGGGGUGACACAGCGCCUCGGGAAUGGGAGGAAAUCAUCUUUCAUCCAAGGAAGGGAAGAGUAGCUUCAUUCCCGUGGAUCAAGAGCCUUUCACUGGAUCGUGCCUGAGACCAGCACCUAGUGAUGUAGUGUGUAAUCUUUCUAUAAAUGUUUUUUUUUUUUAAAAACAGCCCUGCCAUGUAAACUUUAUAACUUGAAUAAAACACUGAAACACGA